CGGGUGUGACGUCACUGAGAAGCGCCGAACUCUAGUUUCCAAAGUUUUUAUGAGGAGCUAUGGAUAGCUGAUGGACAAAAGUGAGUUUCUGUCACAUUAGCCCCCUAGAUAACAGAUGGAUGACAUCAAUGUCCUGCACCACAGAUGCCUCCUGAAUCUGAGGCGUCGAAUCAGAGAUAUUGGGGAUGGGCGCCCAGCACAGGAACGGUACAUGAGGUUACAGAAGGAUGGAGACACACUCAGUUACCAAGGGAACUCUGAAGAGGUGGGUUGCUAUGUGGCUGGCCAUCCUUUAUCAAAGGGAAAUUGCUACUUUGAGGUGACAAUAGUGGACACAGGGGUGAGGGGGACCAUUGCUGUGGGCCUGGUGCCUAAAUUCUACAGGCUGGACCACCAGCCUGGCUGGCUGCCAUACUCUGUAGCUUACCAUGCUGACAACGGCAAGUUAUAUAAUGGCAACCCUGUGGGUCAGCAGUUUGGGCCAAAGUGUGCUCGUGGUGACCGCAUUGGCUGUGGAAUACACUCAGAAAAUAUUGAUGCAGGCUUUACUACAGUCUUUUUCACCAAAAAUGGCAAAGAGGUCGGUUCAGUGGAGGUUCCAGUGUCGGCAGAGGGGCUGUUCCCUGCCGUAGGGAUGCACUCCAUGGGGGAGGAGGUGAAGGUUGACCUGCAGGCGGAGUGGUUCCUGGAGGAAGACGAUAGUAUGAUGAUGGUGGACAGCCACGAGGAUGACUGGGGGCGGCUUUACGACGUCAGGGUUAGCGGCACGCUCUUGGAGUAUGUUGGCAAAGGAAAGAGCAUCAUGGACGUGGGUUUGGCCCAGGCCCGCCAGCCACUCACCACCCGCUGCCACUACUAUGAGGUGGAGAUCGUUGAUGCUGGGGAGAAGUGCUACAUCGCCCUGGGCCUGGCAAGAAGGGACUACCCCAAGAACAGGCACCCGGGAUGGAGCCGAGGGUCGGUGGCGUACCAUGCUGAUGACGGCAAGAUCUUCCACGGCAGCGGGGUCGGAGAUGCUUUCGGCCCUCGCUGCUUCAAAGGUGACAUCAUGGGCUGCGGCAUCAUGUUUCCACGAGACUACAUCCUGGACGGAGAAGGUGACGUGGACGACUGGGAACGGCUGGAGGUCCGUCCAGGUCACGCAGGCGUCCAGAAUGUCCUGUACCUCAAUGACGAAGAGGAGGAAGAGGAAGAUGGGGAGGAGGUAGAGCAGGGGCAGGAGGGCAGGAAGGUCACGGUGUUCUUCACGAGGAACGGGAAGCUGAUGGGUCGAAGGGAGAUGGGGGUUCCUCCUGGCGGACUCUACCCAACUGUGGGGAUGCUGAGCAGCGGAGAGAAGGUCAAGGUUGAUUUGCAUCCCCUCAGUGGAUGAGCGGAGCGCGUGGACCGGACUUGUGAAGCCCUGCAAACAGCUGGCUGCGCUGUAGAGCUCACCCACCGUAGCCUAGCAUGCUGCUAACACUUGUCAGAACACACUCAGUUGCACACAUGCACGUUGCUGUCGUCGCCCUCGACGCUGCCUCUGCUUUUAUUUAUAAGACCUGUACAUUUUCACAGUCAUCACAACAACACAACCGGAUUGUCCUCCUGGGCGUGACGUAGCAGAGAGGUCGUACAUGAGCCGCGUAGGUUACAGCAUGCGGACCAGACAGCUGCACCUCGAAGCUAAAAACUCCCGGAAGAUAUUUAACUGUUAAUUCUAUGCAAUCUGUACUGCUAUCAUCCUCACAUCUAACCGCCCUCUGCAUGCAGUGUGUGUCUCAAACACUGAGCUGUUAAAUCCCUCUCAUGAGGUCUGGCACACUUUGUUUAUUUUAUUUGUCACGACCCCAAGCAAAGCAGAGCGAGGCCAACAGUUGUGCCGAGUCAGAGCUCGUUGGCGGUUUAUGUUUCAGGGAAUAGACCCCCCCUCUCUCUCUUUCUCUCUCUUGCUCUCUCUCUCUCUCUCUCUCUUUCUCUCUCUCUCUCUUUCUCUCUCUCUCUCUCAACUUCCCUCUCCCUGUCCUCUCUCUGGGUGAGGCUGCCCUCCUGUGAGCGAUCAGGGACCUGCUGUUGCCCCACCUCCCUCGCUCGCUGCUUUCCCAGAGCUGGCUGGAAGUGAAGCGUAGAUCUGUUGCAAUAUCUCAGAAACGCUCAUUUUGUAUGAGAUUAUUGUAAAGGAUUAUUACAGGUUUGGCAAUCACAACCUCACGUAAGAUGCUGUAACCGAGCAGCGUUGGAUCAGAGUGGCUGAAAAGAUUUGUGAGUGCUUUCAUAGUUUCACGUAUGAGCCAAACCACAGGUAUAUUUUCUAUAAGUGCUCUGGUAAAUACACAUUUAAAUUUAUCUCCUACGUCAAAAGUUCAGGGAACAUGUUUCUGUUUUUGCACUUUGGGGAGGCUGAGGAGACUUUUAUGGCAGACAUGAAUACAGUGGGUGAACAAAAGAAAUCAAAAACAUUCCAGUAUAAUGCAGUCCGAUGCAACUGCACAAUCAUCAGCCAUAAAAGUAACCAUCUGAAAUGAAAAGUUACCUUUGCAAACCUCACACAGGAGUACGAGUUGCAGGGCUGUGGUAUUGGACAGCAUCAUACUGCGAUGUGUUAUACUGUGUUUUAAUGUUUUGUUCUCCUUGUAUAAGCUUUACACACUGUGCAUGUUCGCUCUCAAUAUGAAGAAUUAUUUCCCAUCUUUCCUUUUUCCCACUUUUUUUUUUUUACCACAAAGUUAGAAUAAUGUGAUAUUUUUUCAGUUUAGUUUAAAAGAACGAAACGAUCCGCUGAAAUCAACUUCUUGCUUUCGUAGUCAGAGGAUAACCUUCUCUCCGUGAUGCCAAAUGUGAUGUAGAAUUAACUGCUGGAUGUUUUAUUGUUUUGUUUUUUAAGAUAACGAUAAUAAUGUUUGGUUGCUGCUUGUUUGCGUUUGUGUGUCUGCACAGAAUUCGACAGCAGCACCAGAGGUCUGUAUCAUAAAGACAGAUUAGUGUCGUCAUCUAAAUUUGGGCAUGACUUAAAUCAGAAAGCUGGCUCACUUUUAACUUGGUUUGAUUGCUAUCGUUACCAGUGUUGAUUAUGACAAGAAUUUUAGGUUUAGUCUUCAUCACUUAAUCCAUGUUUUAGUUGUUUUAUUUUAGUCAAGAUUUAGUCAGUGGAAAUUUUAAUAAUUUGAUAAAUGUAGUCAGUGUUUAUAUCAUAAUUUUCUAAGACAAUCUGAUGAUACUGUCAUGGAGUUUGCUUUUAAAACUUCCAGUGAGAAGUAACCAGACUUUGAACUAUGUUUUGUUAUCUAGGCUGAGAAAUUAUGGCUGCACUGAAUAGUUCAAAGCUUCAUGCAUGACAUUCAUAUUCUAAAUCAACGAUCGAAAGCUGCCUAGCUGUGUACCUAUAUACUGUAAAUAUAGUCUGUGUUUACCAUUCUUUAUUUCAGCCCUGUUUUUGACUGUCAGUACUUUCCCUCUCUGUUGUACCUUCUUUAAACUCCUUUGAAAUG